AUGGGCAACGAACAGAGUGUGGUUCCAGGGAUUGAUAUGUGCUGUGCCAAGCGAUCAUCAGCCAAACAAAGUGACCGAAGAGAGCAGGUGGAUGAAGGGGACUUGCUAGUUAGAAGUAAACCCGAGAAGCGUAUCCUCUCCAGUAUCUCACAAGUUGUAUGGCCAGCUGGGAAUCCGGAAACGCGAAUGGCGAUGAUAACUCCCGAGAAAGUUGGGAUCGGAGCGUACUUCCAGAAAUCUCCGGAUGAACCAGGGUGUUUGGCUGUGAAGUCGCUUGUCGAUGGACCAGCCAAGAAGUGUGGAAAGAUCAAGACCGGAGAUAUUAUUGUCGCUGUCGACGGAUACAACGUUUACGGGAAGAAAUUGGCGGAGCUGGCAGAGCAUCUGCUUGGUCCUAAGGGAACCGAAGUCUCUCUUACUUUCAAGAGCAAGAGUCAGUCUACACUCGACCAAGAAUACACCGUGAAGCUCGUACGGGGGUAA